AGGCAUGUUAGAGCUGAGACCUCUGUUAGCUUCUACGAGCCUGAGAGUCACACAAGGAGCAACACUGUGCUCUUACGACUGCAAACAUGGAAUGAACUGAGAAAAUAACAUAAACAGGACAUCGUCAGCAAAAAGGUUAAGAAAAAGCUGCUCACUAUGGAGCCAAAGGACAGUCCAAUACCUCGAUGGAGCCUGGGCUCCAGCUCUGGUCUACAUUAUGGCUCUUUUGUGAACAGUCUUUCAUCCCUCACACCAAAGGCAGAGGAAACGGAGGAACCAGCCAUAUCACAGAGGCGCUCCUAUAUAGCUGUGGCUGUACUUUGCUACAUCAACUUGCUCAACUACACAGAGCGGUACACAAUAGCAGGUGUCCUUCCCGACAUUCAGCAAUUUUUUGUUAUAAAUGAUGGUACAGCUGCACUCAUACAAACAGUUUUCAUCUGCAGUUUCUUGCUUCUGGCCCCUCUCUUUGGCUACCUUGGGGACCGUUACAACAGGAAAUACAUCAUGAUUGGUGGUUUGAUUGUCUGGCUUGUGACAGCAGCCGGCAGCUCUUUUGUCACUGAGUCGCACUUCUGGCUUCUGAUGCUGUUGCGUGGGAUGGUGGGGAUAGGAGAGGCCAGUUACUCCACCAUUGCACCCACCAUCAUUGCUGAUCUCUUUGUUGGGACUAAACGGAGCAUGAUAAUCUGUAUCUUCUACAUCUUUAUCCCUGUUGGAAGUGGUCUUGGAUACAUAACAGGGGCAGGUGUUGCUUCUCUCACAGGAGACUGGCGCUGGGCUCUCAGGAUCACUCCUAUCUUGGGUGUAGUUGGACUUGUCUUGCUGGUCUUCUUAUGCCCUAAUCCACCCAGAGGUGCUGCAGAAACCCAUGGCGAAGGAGUCUCAGGGCAGAGUUCGUACCUGGAGGACGUCAAGUAUCUUUUGAAAAACAAAACGUACUUGUGGUCAACAUUGGGAGUGACUGCUACGGCCUUCCUCUCCGGAGCCCUGGCUUUCUGGAUGCCUACUUUUCUGUCUAGAGCUCAGGUCAGUCAAGGACUCCGACCGGCGUGUGUCGAAGAGCCCUGCGACUCCACGGACAGUUAUAUCUUCGGUGCUGUGACUGUGUUGACGGGCAUUCUCGGAGGGAUUCUUGGCAGUGGUUUAUCUAGAUGGUUAAGGGAAAAGUUCCCAAAGUCAGACCCACUCAUCUGUGCAUCAGGGUUGCUGGGAGCAGCACCCUGCCUCUUCAUCACCAUCUUUGUGGCAUCAACGAGCAUUCCCGCCACCUACGUAUUCAUUUUCUUUAGUGAAAUAUUGAUAUCACUGAACUGGGCCGUCAUGGCAGAUAUACUGCUGUAUGUUGUCAUACCAACCAGAAGGGCUACAGCUGAGGCUCUCCAGAUUUCUGUCGGUCAUCUCCUGGGGGAUGCUGGGAGUCCUUUCCUAGUAGGAGCGAUCUCAGAUGCUUUAAGCAAAUCUAAACCUGUGUCUCCUGAAUGGAGCUUCCACAGUCUGAAGUACAGCCUCCUGGUCUGCCCAGUGGUUGGGAUCCUGGGAGGACUGUUUUUCUUUCUGUCUUCUCUCUAUAUUAUUGGAGACAGAAAGGCAGCUGAAGGAGGUCCAAGAGAACCGCAGGAUCCUUCAUCUGAGCCCCCAAUAGAACUGAGCAACGGGGACAAAACUAACCAUGAAGAUAAUUUAUCGCAAAGUAUUUAAGCUUAAGUCAAAAACUAGAGGUGUAAACAACACAGGAUGUUGGUGUUGACUUGAAGAGUUCUCUUUUUUGUCACGUUAGAGCCACACAGAGAUUACAGAAGAAAUGUAAACAUGUUAAUUUACACCAUAAGACAUUCAUGUCAAUGUUAUUUCUCACUUUUCAAUAAAUGUUUCAUAUUUUCA